AUGACGCAUCGCGAAUUGGUACCGCUGCUGGACUGCGCGGUGGUGCGCAACCACGUCGAGUUAACGGAGAUGUUUUUACAAAACGGAGCUGACGUCAACGUGAGAAUUGCCUAUCAAGCGCUCGAGAGGCACAAUGCCAACGUACAGGCGCCGAUGCUGCUGAAACACGGAGCCAACGUUUGGGCCAAAGAUAAGUUUGGCUUGAACGCUCUGCACUACGUAGCCGCUUCCUCCGUGGAACGGUCCGAGAUGGCCAGACUUUUCAUCGAGAAAGGCAUUUCACUGGACGAAAGAGGUCAGAUCCGGCAUAAUCAGCCGAUACACCUGGCUGCCGAGAGGGGAAGGAGCGAAUUGGUGAACCUCUUCGCAGACCACAGUGCCGACGUGAAUUCGCGAGCAAACGAAUGGCCCGAAGACGACACGUUUCCGCUUUACCUCGCGGCUGCCUGCCGCAGUCCAGCGGCUGUGGAAGCUUUGCUCAAACGCGGCGCGAACGUCAACAUGAAAACUAAGACCGGUCGCACUGCUUUACACAAAGCCUGCUAG